GAUCACACUCCAAUUGGCUGGCCGAUCAGUAAAAAUCCCAAAGGGAGUGGUGGAGAAUGUAUUGGUGAAGGUGGGAAGUUUAUUCUCCCUAUAGAUUUUGUGAUUCUGGAGAUGGAAGAAGAUCAGGGAGUGCCUCUAAUUCUCGGCAGACCUUUUCUAGCAACUGGUGAUGCACUCAUCGAUGUUGGGAGAGGCAAGUUGACAUUCCGAGUAGGUAAGGAGGAGGAAAUUUUUAAUGUCUUUCAAGUUGAUCAUAAUCACGAUGCAAUUGAUGACCUUGAAAGUGGAGCUCGAGAAAGGAAAAAUUCCUCUUCAUGAUAGUGGAACAGCUGAAGUAUCACAUGCCCUAGCAACUCAAAGUCUGAAAUCAAAGCAAGGGCAGAAAUCCUUGCUAGAUCACCUCAAGUAUAGAUAUUUGGGUAAGGAUUUCAAUCUUCCUGUCAUUAUUCCUUCUUCACUAACAUUGAAACAGGAAGAGUACUUGCUUGAGGCACUGCAGUACCACCUACGCCUCACUAAAGGGUCUAACAUGCCAGCUAAGAAGGUCAUACCAAAUUUCGCACACCUGGCCCUGCAGAGGUGACUCAUAUGUUGGAUGGAGGGUAUGCGUUCUAUCAUUGCUCGGGAGGGUAUUAUGGAUACCUUUCCAUACCCAUUGGUUGAAAGCUCCAUGAACGUCAGGCUGAGGACGUUAAACAAGCGCUUCUUGGGAGGCAACCCAAGGUAAGUUUUCUUUUCUUUUCUUUAUUUUUCUUUUUAGUUGUGUCAAACCCGUGCAUGUUUAGAUUAGGAGUUGAACAUUAGGGACAACGUUCCAUCCUGAGUGUGGGGUGGUGAGUCUUAGUGUUGUUUGUCCCUGUUGCAUGUGGUAUAAAAAAAAGUUAAAAAAAAAAUUGACAUUGGUGAGUCUUAGUGUUGUUUGUCCCUGUUGCAUGUGGUAAAAAAAAUCCAAAAAAAAAAUUUUUGUGUGUUCCUUUAGUCAUGUGGUCGGUAAAAAAAAAUAAAAAAAUAAAAAAAAAUUUGCCAUUAGGUUGAGCACAGUGUGUAAAAAGCAGGCUACCUGUGCAAAGCUAAUGGCUAAAAAAUACCUAAAAAUCAGAAAAAUUAAAAACAAAACCUUGUACUCUUAUGGUAACAUGAUGUGAAUGACCGUGAUGCCUUGAAAAUGAGAUUGUGCUUAAAUGAAAUCAUCAAAGUCACCCCACUAGUGUUGAAUUGAAUGGUUCUUCAUAAUGAGCUUAAAUGUUUUGACUGACUUGAUAUGCUUUGAAUGAGCAACUCUUUUAGCAACAUUUUCUUUUGUGAGGAUAGUGUAAUGACUUUUGGUGAAGUAGUUAGGUGGAGAACAUUGACCAUUCGACAUGUUUGGAUACCGUGCUUACUUGCAUCAAUUGUGAGCUUUUGAUUUUGUAACGAGUCUCUUUGUUUUGAUGGUUUUAUGAUGGGGUGAACUGUAUCUUUAUAAAUGAGAAAACACUAUCUGACAAGUAAAAUAUAAGAAAGUUGCCAUAACAAUUAAAGUGUGGGUAAAAAUGCCAAAAUCGUGUGAGGCAAUCACUCAUUGCACAUGGGGAUGAGCAAAAAUUCAAUUGAGAAUCGGUUCGCGACCGUACGAUGUUGCUUAUCAAGUACGAUCCCCAGUUGAGUGAAGUGCCAUUUGAGGAUGUGUAGUGACCCUCCACACGGACCGAGGAUAAGGAGUUAAAAGAAGCCCUUAUGUGAGUGCUAAGAAGCAGAAAUUGCUCUUACUCGGUCACCGGUAGUAAGAAACAAAUCCCACUUGUACUAAAUACGACUUCUCGGCAAGCAAAAGCAGAAAGAGAGAAAGCCUCUCCUUGUCAUAAAAGGUAGUGAAGUGCUUAAAGUUAAAAUCAUGUUUGCGAAAGGCUUUCCCCAUUAGUUUUUGAGACUCAUGCUUCAUUAAUUGCUUAUGAUUGGUGUGAGUAAGCCAGAUUGUCCUCACGAGAUAUGCACCUCACUGAUGUGGUUAGAUUCUCCUAAUGACUUUUGCACCAUAAGUUGUUAAUCACCCGCUACUGACGACCUGAAUUGAGUGUUGCUAAUUGAGUUUUUGGUGGAUUUGAGUCAGUCAAUGGUAAUGGUUGCAAAGAACUUGAGUGUGGGGUGAAAGGUAUGACCAUGAAAGCACAACUCGUCCGUUGAGAAAGAAACUACUGAUUACAACAAGAGUACAAGGAAAUUUUGUGUUUUGCUUUGAGUGUUGAGUCUGUAAUGUGUCAUUGUUUUGGAUGAUUAUGUGUUUGUGUUGUUUGAGUCGUUGCUUAGGGACAAGCAAGUAUUGAGUGUGGGGUUGUGAUAAUUGUCGAAAACAUAUUGAUUUUGCGUGCUUAAUGUGAUUUUUUCAUCAUAUGUUUGAGACCUAUAAUACUUGUUUGAGGUCCAACUAAGCCUGGAAUGGUUAUAAAACCAUUACCAUCAAGUGCCAAAUGUUUUAUAUAUUUCAGGUAAAUGAAACAAGAAAUUUGCAUUGGGGAUAGAAUAAUUCAAGUGGACUGGAUGUACAUUGGACCGGAACUUACUGAGGAGUUGAACCGGGAUUGGACUUGGGUGGAAUUCUUUUUGGGACGGGACAGGAAUUCUAUUUGGCGGAACGAAGAGGCAGCGGAGAAGUAGCACAGCGCAGCACAGGGGAUCGCGAUCAGAGCAACGGGAAGAAAAUCUCAAUAUUCUUUUCCUUUUGUUUUGAUUAGUGACGUGAUUAUUAUAAACAUGAUUAUAUCUUUUGAUUUCGUCAUGAACUAAACCCCAAUUUCUGGGGGAAACACCAUAGGAUGUAGCUAUUUCUUGAUUUGAUGGAUUGAUUUAUGAUUCUUUUCUUCCAAUCUCUAUUGCAUGAAAUUUCUCAAUGCUUUGUGUUGACUGGCCACCAAUACAAUGAUUUGUAGUUAAUUAGGUUAUUAGCGACAGUGAAACCCUAUUAACUGAACCUGUUUCAUGUGACAUAGUAACUUAUCAAAGCGACAGUGGAUUAAAUAAGGUGCUAUGCGGUCUUAAAGAUGAUAUCGAUCUUCAGACUAUAUAGUUAAUUCAUUGAGCUACGACAGUAGGAUUUGGAUUGAUUAUCUAGUAUGUAGUAAUUCCCGACAGGGAUAGCUAGCACUUUCGUGAUAUCCUGGCUGUAGAGAUAUGGAUUAAAUUGAUUGGAAUAUGUGAAUUAAUCUGGAUAGGAUAGGUAGUGAAUUCCGGUGUUUCUCCCAGAGCUUUCUCCCAUUGAAUUAAACCCGACAUUUUAAUUUGCUUGUUUUGUUUAAUUACUUUGCUAGUAGAUCAUAGUUUCAUCUCAUUAAACAUUUUCACAUAUAGUUUGCUCAAUAAAAAUUGAUAGAACUU